AUGACUUCCUAUCAAGAGUUAACGGCCGAAAGGGAGAGUAGCCCUCUGUUCACGGGCUGCCGCCGAGCAAAAGAGGUCAUAAACCGGGACCUGGACGUCAGGACGCAUCCUGAACUCGACAGUCGUGAUGAGGAGGGGAAAUUGGAGGUGAAAGUCGCCUCAGGAUUUAAUACUCCGCAUCCCCGGUACUUAACUCUCUCCAACAGUUGCACCUCUUUGGACAGCCCUCCUCCUCCUCCUCCUCCAGCAUGCGAGACUCUCGAGGGCUUCUCGGCACCGGCCUGCCCCCACUCGUCCCUUGUCCCCUGGCGGUGCAGGGUGCAGGGGCAGGGCUCUCCAGGACGCGGAUACUGCGCGUCAAAUAACAACGAAUCGCUACAAUCCGGUUUUGGCUCCCUGGCCGAGCAAAUUCAAAUCUACUCUCGUAAUGGCCCCGAAAUUCACGUCGCCAUGGGGAGUUCAGCUGGCUCGGACUGUAACGUGGCUCAUAUGGAUGUAAGCAGUACAACUUUUGAGUGGAUGAGAGUGAGAAGGAGUCAGCACCAGGCGGCCAGGAUGCCCAUGACCUGUGGGUUCAGUGUUGUUGGCUCGGGCCUCGGUGCUGUGGAGGCGGGAAGCAGCAGCAUCUGUACGGGUGACCAUGCCACGAUGAACGGGGUCCCGAGGACCAUCUUCAGCACCAAGCAGCUGACAGAGCUGGAGAAAGAGUUCCACUUCAGCAAGUACCUGACGCGGGCCAGGCGGGUGGAGGUCGCCAGCGCCCUGCAGCUCAACGAGACGCAGGUGAAAGUUUGGUUUCAGAACAGACGCAUGAAGCAGAAGAAAUUACGGAGAGACGGGCUGCUCUGCGACCCGGGGCCCGAGGCACCGCACUCACACGCCGACACUUCGGACACCUAG